UCUCUUAAUGCUAGGAUGUUUCAUUCCCCGUCCACGAGAUUCUGCCCUCCCCCCCGGGGCCGCGCUUGGUACGGCCCAUCUCUCUCCCUGCCGCCGAUUGGUCGCGUCCGGCCUCCAGGAAGCAGGGCCUGGGACCGCCUGGUCCGCAGCAGCCGCCGCCGCGAUGCAUUGUGGGGCAGCGGCAGCAGAUCCAAGAUGGCGGCCAGCAGGAGGCUGAUGAAGGAGCUUGAAGAAAUCCGCAAGUGUGGAAUGAAGAACUUCCGUAAUAUCCAAGUUGAUGAAGCUAACUUAUUGACUUGGCAAGGGCUUAUCGUUCCGGACAACCCUCCAUACGACAAGGGGGCCUUCAGAAUCGAAAUCAACUUCCCGGCAGAGUACCCGUUCAAACCUCCUAAGAUUACGUUUAAAACAAAGAUCUAUCACCCUAACAUCGACGAAAAGGGGCAGGUUUGUCUGCCGGUAAUAAGUGCUGAAAACUGGAAGCCAGCCACCAAAACUGAUCAAGUAAUCCAGUCCCUCAUAGCACUGGUGAACGACCCCCAGCCCGAGCACCCACUCCGGGCCGACCUAGCUGAAGAAUACUCUAAGGACCGUAAAAAAUUCUGUAAGAACGCGGAAGAGUUUACAAAGAAAUAUGGUGAGAAGCGACCAGUGGACUAAAAACAAAACAAAAAAAAAUCAAAAUCAAAAAUCUGACAGAGUUGAUGUCAGCAAUGUGUGUUGAGAAGACCUGGAGCAGUGCAUUUCAGACACACCACAAAAGCAGGACUCUCUGGAAAAUUGACAAGUGCCACCUUUCGGUGUCCACUUGUGGCUGUUACUAACUUUCUACAGUUUCUUAAUCAAAAGUGGUCUAGGUAACCUGUAAACAAUGGAUUAAAAUUAAGAUGUUCUAGUUCUGCUUUCUUUGUUUAAAAUCACUGCUUCAAUAUACUUUCAAGGAUGCUGUUUCCUUUUUUUUUCUUGUCAGAAUUUAUCGAAAAUAUCUUAGACUUAACCUGCCCUUAAAAGUUCAAAAGGUUGUGGCUGUUAUUUCUGAUUUUCCUCUGCAAUCCCUCCUUCCCAUGUCAUUUGUUUUUCUCCUCUCCUCCCUGCCCCACAGACCCACACACUUAUGUCUUAGCAAAAUGAUUUGAGAAAAGAAAAGGAGAAAGAGUUGAAUAUUUGGCAUUUCCCCCUCUUCACGGUUGCAUUGCUCUUUGCGGAACUUGCGCUCAAGUUUCUCUUAACUUUGUCUUGUCACGUAAAUACACCGCAUUGACUCCAUACACUUGAGCCCCCGCUUUAUAGACAUUAUUUUUUCUGAUGUUACUACAAUUAUGUUUAUUAAACAGGGAACUCCAAGCUUUGUGUGCUUGAUUGAAUUAUGAUACGGAUUAGGCCUUGCUUCGGGGGAAUUUUGGACACCGGAUGUUCUGUAGCAAAGUAAUAGUGGGAUGUGAUUUUUUUUUAAUAUUUUUUUCAGUUGUAUUCUUAGUAUCUAUGCAGAGUACCUAGAAUAAUGAUUCAGAAUAGCGUUGCAAAGCAGAUUGGGGAGAAAAUUCAGAUUAGGGACCAAGAGGUACCAAAAUGAGGACACAGAUGUUGUUCCCUUCCCGAUUCCUCCACCCUUCGAAGGGAGGCAUUGCAGAAGGAGUAUUUCUUGAAAAAUUGGGAAAGCAAAUUUGUAAUCAUUUGGCGACACUGAUCUAGCCUAUGCCUUGUCUCCUGUGGAAUGGAAAACCAACCUUCCCCUAAUAACGUCUCAAAUGAUUGUUGUCGAAACCGUGAGGGACUUCCAUUAAGCAAUAAGAGUCCGGUAGUUGGACACAUCCGCUAGUGCUGUUCAUAAGAUACCAGGAUGAAAUGCAGCAUUCUAGAACAAUACAAGCGAAUAGAGAGUUAUUAUAUAUUUUUGCCAUCCUGCUAAAUUUAAGUGACAUUCUUCUCAUUCGGAACUGAAUCCCCUUUGCAUUUUAGGAUUGAUAUUUUUGGCAUUCAAACGGCUGAGCCACGUGACCAAGACCCAUUUUUUAAAUGCCGGCUUUAAGCAAGCGUUUGGCCCCAUCCUCAUGAAAUCCAAAGAGAGCAAGACGUACAUAUCGUUCUGUUUGGCAUCCUAAGUCCCUCUCCACUUUGGCAAACGACUGCCAGGAAUCUGGAACCAGUUGUUGCCUUUGCCACGUUCCGGGGCUCAUGUAUGUCAGGGAGACCGAAGUGUUCAUGUUCAGGGUUUUAAUGUUCGUACCUCCCCACCCUUCUCUCUCUCCUGCCCUAUACCAGCUUUUGAUUUCGAACCGUAAAAGAUUGACAGCCAAGUACCUCUCUUGAUAAGUAGAAAACAAAACAAACCCACAAACUUCUUUCUUUAUGGGGUAUGAAGCAUCUGUUUUAAGUGUUCUUAGGGGGAAAAAUAUUCUUUGGUAGAUGAGUAAAAUUUAAAAAACUACCUUUACGUAAUGGACACUUGCAUUUCCUAAGUGUGUGUGUUCAGGCUUGGUGACCAGCACUGUCUAUUACCAAAAUUUCCACUUUUUUGUGUCCUCAUUUGCAGAAAGUUGGUAUUGACUUUGUUUCAUUCACGCUACGCAGAUUCAAAAAUAAACGAAAAAUGCCAAAUUUUA